AUGGCGUCAAACCGACUCGAGGGCAAGGUAGCCAUCAUCACAGGCGCUGCAUCUGGCUUCGGCAGAGGUAUUGCCACAAAGUUCGCCCAAGAAGGUGCCAAAGUUAUUGUAGCAGACCUUUCAGAAGAAGCCGGUAAAGCGGUUGCUUCUGAGCUUCAAGGCACCUUUAUACGCACCGAUGUCACCCAGAGGGCCGACUGGGAGGCCGUAUUGGCGCUGGCCAUCAAGGAGUACGGACAUCUGGACAUUGUGGUGAACAACGCGGGCGCAGCUUAUAGGAAUAAGGCGACAGAAAGCGUCACUGAACAAGAAUUCGACUUGGUGAUGAAUGUCAAUGUCAAGUCGAUUUAUUUGUCGACCAAUGUCAUUGUGCCGUAUUUCUUGAAGGAGAAUCGCCCUGGCAGCUUUAUCCAGAUUGCAUCAACGGCUGGCAUCCGGCCUCGUGGUGGACUAUCAUGGUACAGCGCAUCCAAGGGAGCUUGCAUCACGGUUACGAAAGCGCUGGCCUCUGAAUACGGCCCCAAGCAGAUUCGGUUCAAUGCCGUUUCUCCAGUCGUUGGCAUCACGGGAAUGACUGAUCUUUUCCUUGGAGCUACUGAUAUAUCCUCUUUUGUCGCGACAGUUCCGCUGGGUCGACCAUCAACGCCAGCAGACAUUGCCAAUGCCUGUUGCUAUUUGGCAAGUGAUGAGGCGUCUUUUAUCACUGGUGUCAAUCUUGAGGUGGAUGGUGGACGAUGUGUGUAA